AUUUUUCAACAGUUCGGAUGACGUUACGCGAGUAAUUAAUAAUUUUCAAAAUAGGUUUAUGGUUGCAUUAAGUGAAGUUAAUAAAGUACCUGAUGGUAUGAAAGUGGAAUCACAAUCUGAAGAAAAUAUGAAAUCAAAAUUUAUUGAUAUUGGACCGAAGAGUUUGUUAGCUAUAGGAACAACUUAUGAAACACAACAAAUAUUACAUGGUACUAAAGUACUUGGAGAGAAAAACAUGGACAAUUUUAAUAAUCGCAAAUUAUGUCUUGUAAACAUUGAUCACCAGAAUGUUGCUCUUAGUUACACUAAUAAUUAA